UUCAAGCUUGUCUUCACAUAGUUUAGAGACAAGUUUUGUUUUCAAAAAAAUUUUCAAAAGUUUUUCGCUAAUUUUUAUUUUUUAUAUUAUAAGAAGAAAUGGUUGAAAACUUAACGGAAGAACAGAUUGAUGAAUUUAGAGAAGCUUUCAAUAUGUUUGAUAUCGAUGGUGAUGGAAGAAUUACAUUGGAUGAAUUGGGUGUCGUAAUGCAUUCUCUUGGUCAAAGUCCAACAGAUGUGGAAUUACAAGACAUGAUGGCCGAAGUUGAUAUUGAUGGCAACGGGACAAUUGAAUUUAAUGAAUUUUUGAUUAUGAUGGCAAAAAAGAUGCAAGAAAAUGAUGAAAAUGAAGAAAUUCGGGAGGCGUUUAAAGUUUUCGAUAGAGAUGGGGAUGGAUUCAUUACCGCUGAGGAACUUCAAGUUGUAAUGAUAAAUUUGGGUGAAAACAUUAGUGACCAAGAGAUUUUGGAGAUGAUACGUGUAGCAGAUAGCGAUGGCGAUGGAAAAGUAGACUUUCAAGAUUUUCUUGCUAUGAUGAAUAUGCAGUGAAAAUCGUGUGACUAAAUCGCGAAGAAUAAAGUUUGGUAAUUAAUAUUAACAGAAAU